UUGACUCCGUUAUUCUUCAGGCUGCCCCUGCCCCAAUUUUUAAGUCCAGUUGAGACUCGACCAUGGAGUCUUCCCUCCAGCGCCUUCUCCUCAACCGAGGGCUUGAUAAGAACGCUGCAGGCGGGGCUUCCGCCGGGCAGAGCAAAGCAAAGCGAGAGGCGUGUGUGUGUCUCAUUUAGGCUGCUGCUGCUGCUGGCGGAGCUCACUCCCAGGAGCUUCGGCGGCUGCAGAAGGAGCAUCCGGAAAGCAACCAUGAGCACCAGCAACAGAUGCGAUGUGGUCGUUAUUGGGGGAGGCAUCUCAGGUCUGUCAGCAGCCAAGUUACUGUUUGACUCAGGAUUGAGUGUUGCAGUACUGGAAGCCCGUGACAGGGUUGGAGGCAGAACAUUCACUGUAAGGAAUAAGCAUGUCAAAUAUGUAGACUUGGGAGGAGCAUAUGUGGGACCAACACAAAAUCGUAUCUUGCGGUUGUCGAAGGAGCUAGGACUAGAGACGUACAAAGUGAAUGAAGUAGAGCAUCUCAUUCACCAUGUUAAGGGCAAAUCUUAUCCUUUCAAAGGUCCUUUCCCUUCUAUGUGGAAUCCCAUUGCCUACUUGGAUUACAACAAUCUGUGGAGGACCAUGGAUGAAAUGGGGAAGGAGAUUCCCAAUGAAGCUCCAUGGAAGGCACCACAUGCAGAGGAAUGGGACAAAAUGACUAUGCAAGAGUUAAUAAACAAAGUGUGCUGGACAAAUUCUGCCAGACGGUUUGCUACUCUGUUUGUGAAUGUUGAUGUUACCUCUGAGCCCCAUGAGGUUUCUGCUCUCUGGUUCCUGUGGUAUGUCAAACAGUGUGGAGGGACAGCCAGGAUAUUUUCAACCACCAAUGGAGGCCAGGAGCGGAAGUUUAUUGGAGGUUCUGGUCAAGUUAGUGAGAAGCUUAUGGAAUACCUAGGAGAACAGGUUAAACUCGAGAAGCCUGUAACAUUUAUUGAUCAGACAGGAAAAAAUGUCAUAGUGGAGACACUGGAUCAUGAAAGAUAUGAGGCCCAAUAUGUUGUUAGUGCUAUCCCCCCAGCACUUAGUCUAAAGAUUCACUUCAGUCCACCUUUGCCUUCGAUGAGAAAUCAGUUGAUCAACCGGGUUCCGAUGGGAUCAGUCAUCAAAUGUAUGGUAUACUAUAAGGAAGCCUUCUGGAGGAAAAAAGAUUACUGUGGUACCAUGAUAAUUGAAGAUGAAGAAGCACCAAUUGGUUUGACACUAGAUGAUACCAAACCUGAUGGAAGCUUUCCAGCCAUAAUUGGUUUCAUUCUUGCUCGGAAAUGUAGAAGAUUGGCUCACCUCACUAAGGAAGAAAGGAAAACAAGAAUCUGUGAGCUCUAUGCAAAAGUGUUGGGGUCUCAGGAAGCCUUACAUCCAGUGCACUAUGAAGAGAAGAACUGGUGUGAGGAGCAGUAUUCUGGAGGGUGUUACACAGCUUACUUCCCCCCAGGAAUAAUGACUCAGUUUGGAAGGGUCAUCCGUGAGCCGGUUGGGAGGAUCUUCUUUGCUGGCACUGAGACAGCUUCUGAGUGGAGUGGCUACAUGGAAGGGGCAGUACAGGCUGGAGAGAGAGCAGCCAGAGAGAUAUUGUGCUCCAUGGGGAAAAUUUCAGAAGGAGAAAUUUGGAAGGCAGAACCAGAAUCAGUUGAUGUCCCAGCCCUGCCAAUCACUACUACUUUUUGGGAAAGGAACCUGCCUUCCGUACCGGGACUACUGAAGUUGAUAGGAUUCUCCACUUUCUUCACAUCAGUGGCUGCAGCUGGGUUCUUUGCAUAUAAAAAGUACCCACUGGUGCUAAACUGAAAAUCGAUUUCCUCAUCUGAAGCAGUAUAUUUUGAUCUCCCCAUUUGUUUGCAUUCGCACAAUCAUUUUACUCUUGCAGAAGAAUGAUUUAUUGUAAUUACCUAAGUACAUUACCUAUGAAAUUUAGCUUUGUGAAAGGAUCCAAUAUGUAUUCCUAGGAUACUACUCAACUGGUUUCCAUAAAAACAAUCCCCAUGAAUCUCACCACAAUAACACAACAUAAGUUGCUGCACAGUGGGUGGAAAUUAGUUUUGCAAACUUAUCAUUUUGCCUCCAGAUCUAUAGGGGGAACUGAUAAGUAAAGGGGAGAAGUUCAUUUAAGUGGAGAAGAGUGAAUAAAUCCUAGUAACAAAAUUCCACAUAGAUUUUUGAUCUACAUUCCUUAGCAGCAUCAAUACAAAAAUGCUAAGAGAAAGUCUGUGCUCUUGGGAUUUAAUUAUUUUACUUAUUUAUUUAUUACAUUUCUAUACCACCCCAAACUUGCGUCUCUGGGCGGUUUACAAUUAAAAUUUAAAACAUCAAAUCACUUAACAAUUAAAAUCGUUUAAAACAUUAAGAUUUUUAAAAACAUUUUAAACCCAGUAUUUUUUAAAAUAGCCAAGGCCAGAUUAAAGGUUGUGAGGACUCUAGAGCAGUAAUGCUGUUAGGAGUGCUAAGAUUACAUUUCCUUGCCCUCACCUUUUGCUCUUAACAUUAUGGAGAUUGCAUUGAUCCCAGCUGAACCAAGUUCAAAUCCCAGAAAAGGGUUACUAUCUUAUGGCUUCAAAAUGCAAGUCCAGAAUCGGGGAAGAAAUGACCAAAGAUUAGAGUCUCUAAGGAUCUACCUUGUACUGAAUAAGACCAUCUAGCCCAGGACUGUCUAUUUUGAUUGACAGGGACUUUGCAAGUUCUCAAGCAGAGGCCUUAAUCCAGCUCUGCUAAGAUCUUUUAACUAGAUAUGCUCUUCACCAUUGAUCUGUACUCGCUCCCCUUAAAUAAUUGUGCAAUGAUCCUAUAGUAUUGCAGCAGCCAGAUAUCUGGAACUUGCUGAUCCGCUUUGUGAACUUUGUGAAAUACAUGUCACAAGAUAUUAUGAAGAUUUGUGUGCCCUUAGAAUUUAAACGCUCCUGCCACUGUGAGUAGCAUCUCAGUAAGCAACUUUAAACUGCUAUUGAUGAGAAGGAAAUUAAUGCCAUAUUUUGAGGGAGAGAACUGCAAGGACUUCUGGAGAAGUGGAGCAAGGACAGGAAAUAUAUCCAUGGCAGGAGGAUAAGGAACUGUGCCAGGAAACAGGAGCAGAGUUCCCUAACCACUCACUAGGUUUUUUUGGUUUCUAAGACUGUAGUCCAUAUACUUCCAUUUUUUUAUGUGUGACAAUGACAGCCAUUAUAAAGAAGAUAAGAUGUUCAGGGUCCCCCCCUUCAUCAGUAGAUCAGUAGAUACAUCAGUAGAUGUUGCAUUUGCAUGAUUAUACUCUAAUGAAAAAUCUCUUAAAUUGCAACACAGGAUACAUGUCUACCUCUGAGGAGGCCAUAGAUCAGGAAGGUCCUUUCAAGAACCAUGCCAUACUUGUAUCUUGUUUGGUGGUGAUUGGAACCAUGGUGGAUGCAGACUGUUAAAUCCCCCUCCCCUCCAUGCUGUGGUCUCAGUCUGUUGCUGUAAUAUAUGGCUGCUGUUUACUGAAGAACAACCAAACCUAUCCAUCCUAUUAUGAGGCUUAAUAUAACAUGUAGUUUGGCCCUAAUAUUUAUUUUGCUAUUCAAAUGACUCACUGAAACCAAGUGGAUCAUUAGAGUGCUAUAACUGGUAUUUCAGAAUGUCAGAUUUCAGUCUUUAUUGAAAUCACUUGUCUGCUUCCAGCAAGACUUAAGCUAUUUCUGUCUGUUCCAGCUAUGCUAUGUGAAGCUGUGAUCUCAAAGCACGUUUUCAACUUUAGAGCACUCUUUACAGGUCUGAAAGGCAGAGGAAGAAGCUACAGAAAGGACACACUAUCUUCUCUCUUGGAGAAGUUGUCCUCUGCUUACUAACAGACUCCCAACUCUUGGAGUAUAGUUUUGCAUUCUUUCCUAAUUUAGGAUUACCUUUUCCUAGCAGCUUUGUGACUUCUGUAGUCAGCUAUGCAUACUGACUACAGAAUGCAACCCUUGGCCCGAAUAGGAUGCUCAGAUUGUUUAGUGUUUAGGUUAAUAUAUUUGUCGCCAUCUUCUUGAUUUUGUUCCUAAUCAUCUCUCUGGCAUGGCAUCUUGUGGUAGCAAGCAUGACUUGUCCCCAUAGCUAAGCAGGAUCUGCCCUGGUUGCAUAUGAAUGGGAGACUUGAUGUGUGAGCACUGCAAGAUAUUCCCCUCAGGGGAUGAAGCCGCUCUGGGAAGAGCAGAAGGUUUCAAGUUCCCUCCCUGGCUUCUCCAAGAUAGGGCUGAGAGAGAUUCCUGCCUGCAACCUUGGAGAAGCCACUGCCAGUCUGUGAAGACAAUACUGAGCUAGGUAGACCAGUGGUCUGACUCAGUAUAUGGCAGUUUCCUAUGUUCCUAUGUUCAGAGCACCCUGAAAGACACUGGCUGACAAGCUGAUUUACAAAGUGUACAUGCUAGGAAGGUAUGUGAGGGCGCACAAGUCUCACACAACUCCUGCAGCUAAUAUUCUGCUCAUGCUGCAGAAACACUCUGUAAGAGGGAGACACAUCAUUGGCCUCCAGUGCUACUGGGGGGAGUUGCGUGGGGGCUUCUGGCACAUCCCCACAGACCUUCCUAAUGUGCAUGCUUGGCUAGAAUGUCAACCCUUGUCAUGAAGAAGAUAUUUUCCUCUCCCCGCCCACUAUUUUCAGCUCACUAUUCACAGAUCGUGAAUAGUCAUGGUCGAUGGUUGACUGGUCAAGGUCGACCACUUUAUGGCAGCAUUGAACAGUUGACCAGUUUAGAUGUUUGACUGGUCAGGGUCGAUGGUUUAUUGGUCACGGUCGAUGUUUGAACAGUUACGGUCGAUGGAUGACCGGUCAUGGUCGACCAGUUUAUGGCAGCAUUGAACAGAUGACUAGUUAAGAUGUUUGGAUCAUGAAUCAUUGUCAUAGAAACAUAGGAAGUUGUCCUGUGCUGAGUCAGACCAUUGGUCCAUCUAGCUCAGUACUGUCUAUGCUGACCAGCAGCAGGUCUCCAGGGUUUCUGACCAUCUUUUCCAGCCCUAUCUGGAGAUACCAGGAAGUGAACUUGGGACUCUUUGCAUGCAAAACAGGUGCUGUACAACUGAGUUUGGGCCCAUUCCCAUGGUUACAAAGAAAACCUCAAGACUAUAGAGCUGUGGCUGUGCAAAGAGGCACAACAAAUCACUUUCACAUGCACACUGCUGUCUCCUCUGUUUCUUUUCUUUUCAGCUGCUACUGUGUGUGCAGUCACUUCAGUAUUCUCCCAAAUUUCAGGAGUUGCUUUCUAAACAGUGAUAUUUUUGGAUGGGAUUCUCAGAAACCUAGCAGUCCAUACAUUGUCUCUAUUAAUUGUCUAUCCAGCCUUUUGGAUUUUGUCUAGUGCUCGCAAUUUUUUAAAGACCAUGCAACUUUUAUUGUGAAAUUCUGGAGCCUUAUGAUUUGGCUUUCUUUCUCCAGUAGAAGGAAUGUCAUCAUUAAAUUGCUUCUCUUGAACCAUCAAAAUGUAGUUAUUCUUAUGACCAGUUAGAAUUUAUUAAUCAGAGCAGUGGUAAAACUAAUGACAUUUUUAUUGUUAAAGAAAUUGGUCAUUUAUAGAUGAUGUGAUCUGUACUAGGAACAUUGUGGUCAUUGGAUAUCAAAUACAAUAUCAUCCCUGAAUACCAAAAUACUAAUAUGUAUGGGCAUUUUUAAAAUGUAUGAACCAGACCAUCAUCUAGCCCAAUAAUGUCUACUGUGUGGCUCUCCAUUAUCUCAGGCCCAAGUCUUUUCCAGUCCUACUACCUAACGUCAUUUUAAGUGAAAAUGGCAGCGGCUGAACUUGGGAACCUCUGCAGGGAAAACACAUGUUCUUCACCUGAACUGUAGUCCAUUUCCUUCUAGUGCGCAGAGAGAUAUUCCUCAUAGAUGCUUCAUAGUUCAUCCUCAUAAUGCUGCCAGUCUGGUCAUUUCUUAGAAGCACUGUAAAAUGGCCUGUACUCUCUUGUACCUCAUUCAGUGAAAAAAAAAAAGAAAAACGAUAGGCAAUUCUUAUAUCAUUUGCCUUUCUGGAUCAUCAGGCCAAAGGUCCAUCCAGUCCAGUAUUUGGCCUGUUCAAGGUUAGCCAGAUGCCUCUGGGAAGGUCACAAGUAGGGUAUGGUGGAGAUUCUUCUUCACAGUAGGAAUUAAUUCUAAGAAGAUUGUAAAGACAAAUAACAUGAGGCAUGGAUUUGGAUAACAGUUUUAAUGUGGUUAUUUUGUGCUGUGUUCUUAACUUGUCACGUGUAUUCAGCAAUCUGCUGUUUCUCUUAAAAUCCUGCACUUUACUGAAUCAGUAAAAAUGGAGUGUAAGUUGCUGUAGAUUUUUUUAAAUGAAUGGAUGAAUGGGGUUGUGUGCGUCUGUGUUGUAUAUGUUUGAGUAGACUAUGCAUCUCAAUUUGACCUUGAUGCCAUGGCUGUGGUAGGCCUUUUGGGGCUACAUUUCCAGUUGGUGAGUGAGUGCGUGCGCACACACUACCCAGUUCUGCAAUGGGCAGCAGGUGACAGCCUCACACUGAUGCCAGCAUCUUUUAGGGGGAAACCAGGCAAUCUUUUCAUCAUUUUGGUACUUUGGGCAGUGAGGAAUACAUAUGUGUACUGUGGGCAAUGAAUUCAAUUGUUUUGGGAAGAGGGGGUGGCUACCCAUCUUCCAGUCAGUAAUGAGAUAUUUUUAUGGUAUGGACAGCUGCUCUUGGGGAACAAUAAACAAUGGUACUAGGCACUUAAAUACCAUUGAAACUGAAAGUAGUGUUGAAGAGGUGGUGGAGCAUAACUAAUGCACCUUGAAUGGAAAGUGAUUCUGGAUGCUGUCCCAAGUUUCAGGAAGAUUUGCAAAAUAUGUGGAGGGCCCAGAAGACAACAAGGAACACAAAAAGGGUCCUGCCAGUUGUAUAUGAAUUGUCCCUGAUUUUAUCCAUGUUGAAGUUAUUUGUAUCUGUUUAUAAACUAUAUAGCUUGGUAGCCAUUGUAUUACUGUUUUUGAUGUCCAUGUGGUCAGAAAAUCAGCUGUGACCCUUGGCAGUGGGAGACUUAAUACCUCAUUAAGGAGACUUUCACUAUGUUGGGUCAAACACAUAUUCUGAGGCAACACACUGUUAUGUUUUUGAUAUGUUUUCAUAUUUUCCUAUAAGAUGCCUUGAUCCAAUGUGUCAACAUUGUCAGCCCAAUUACAUAUUCCUACUAAUAGCUUAACAAGCCCUAUAAACUGUGGGAUUAGGUUUUGUGCAUACAGGUCUGUUUCUGAGGUCUCGAAUAAUCUGAGCCCCCACAAGCUGGAAUAUACUAGAAACAAUAUUUAUUUGUGUUCUAUCUAAACUAAUAUAUAGUGUGACUGACUCCAUGUUGAGAGAUCCUGCCCCUAAACUUCCUCUUUCCAUUUUUGGGUCCUGAUUAUAAGUUCUGUUGUUCGUGGUAUAAUAUGAUCCAUUCAGGUCACCCUGAGCUGACCUUCCAAUGACCACCAGCCAGUCCGCAUGACAGAAGGGGACUGUACAUAGGAGGGCCAGUGUGAGCAGUAAUCUCUUUACAGCACAAGAUACUGUAAGAUCCUCUUUCUUUUUCCCAUCAGAGAUUGUCUAAUGUACUCAGCCAAAAGUGGGGAGAAAUUGCCACACAAGCAUGUCCUUAGUUCAGUCACCAAUAAAGCUACAUAUCACUUGAUGGUUAUUUUACAACCAUCCAUCACCACUUCUUUGUUUCCUUUUUUGCAGCCCUAGGGAGACAGGAGAUUAAAAAAGGUCACACACCUGGUGAGAAGCCAUACAUGACUGGUGAGCUGUAUUUAGCUUAGUGGCUCUGAAGUUGUACAGGUCUGCCUUAGUUAGAGUUCAUUCUGUGUCAUACGGUUACUGGUUUGUCAUCAAGUGAACUUUAUUUCAUCUUGAUUCCAUUUCCCAAGAAGUUCAGUUCAGCUCACAUGGGGCUGCCAGGCUGUGUUUCACGCAGGCACUGGCCAUAACAUACACAUUAUGUUAGUGGAGAAGCACUAGUCCAGAAGAGUACUUAAACAUCAGAAUUAUAUCAAGAGGCAGGCUUCUAAAAUAACAUCCAUUCUUCAGAGAUUAAAGGGAAAUAUUUACUUCUCAGAAAGAGAGAAUAGUUCACACUAUAAAAGUGUGUGCUUAAAAAUGAAAGAGCUGAUCCACAGGAAAGUAGGAGACUUGCCAGGAGCCUUUAUGGACUGCAAGCUUAAGCAUGGGAGGAAGUGGUGUAAGAUCCCACGGCUUAGUACAAGAGCAGUCAAAGAGCAAAUAAAAGGAAACAAAUGUUUUAAUGCAUAGUUUGGAGUACAGCUUGGGCCAUUCAUAUUUCCAUGAGUUAUGACGUUUGGCUUGCUCCCUGUGCAAAUUUGAACAGUGCAAUUAAAAGCAGUUUACUGUUCUCCCUAAGUAAAUUUACCCUUUGAUUAAAUAUAAUGCUCCUUCCAGCAUCACUUCUCUGAAACCUUCUUGACUAAAAGCAAAUUGUUCAAAGUAGAGUGAUUUUAAAAACAUUUUUUAAAUGAAAUAAACUACACACACUCCUAAACUGCAGCUCAUUUUCCUUCUUUGAUCACAUACAAGUCAAGUGGUGGCGUCUUUCUGUUUUGUAAACCAAAAGUGACAUUACAGUACAGAGAUAUGGAUUCUGUAAGUUAUGGUUUGUUUGUGCCUUAAAUAACUGUGGUGUUUUUCUAAAGUGCCUCUGUGGUGACUGUCUAUGUUGUUUCCUUCUUACCUUCUUUUUCUAUCCAAUAUGUUAUCGAGAUAUUUUUAUCUGGCAGCUGUGAACCGCUUUAAAAUCCACACUCAAAGGAAUAAACACUGCCAUACUAAA